AUGUUUGGUCUUAUCAGCGCGAGUUGGGCGCGUUGCACUGUCGUGUUGUCGCCGGGUGUGAGGUGGGGAGGUGAAGCAGUAGCAGGUGUGCAAUACACGGCGAGCAAGUCGCGAUGGCUCGGCGUGAGGCUGUGCGAUGAGGGGGCGCGUUCGGAGUCCGAGGGAAUGCAAGACGUGAGCCCCCCGCCGCCCGCCAAAAGACCCUCCGCGCUCACCAUCGACCGCGCGGCCUUCUUGCUGCUCAGGGUCAAGCGCGCAUUCAAUAAAAAACGUCAGCAGCGCAAAGAAAAGCAGUAA